AUGGCACGUGAAGCUCGACGUGGACCUCGAUGCAGCAACUCAUGGCGGCCUUCAGACGGUGCUCUCUCUCCUCAAACUGGACAUCCUCAGCCACAGCAGUCGCCUGCUCCGCCAGAGCGUCCCGAGCGAUCUUCACAUGCACGCAUACCGCAUCCUAGUACCAGGCAGUAUUUGAACUUCUGUCAGCGCAUGACACCCCAUUCCACGCAUGCAACCCCAGAGCCGCCUGUUCAGACCUUCAAGAAUCCCAAUCUAAUGCCAGUGGUAUUGCGUCAUUUCCACCAAGCCAGACCUUUCACGCCAAACGAAGACCUUCCAUGGGCUGAGACGCCAGAGGACGAGCGACUCCCUCAGAUCUGGCAUACAUCUAUCGACGAACUCAUCAGACGCACAGCUCGUGGCUAUGACCUGGUCAUGAACUAUGAGCGAGAUGCUGAAGGUGGCCAACGCUGGACACCAGGAGACAUCGCCCGCAUUCGCGACGUUGGCAAAACCCUCCAUCGUGACAUCUUCGCUCUGAAACGCUGGCAACGUGUUGUCGCGCAACAAGGAGACCAGGACAAGAAUAUGAUGAUGCACAUCAAGCGGGAAGUAAAUUUCACGAAGCAACUCUGUGAGCGUGUUCAGCGGGCCAUCGUCAGGUACGAACAGAAGUGCGAGUUGGAGCUUCUGCGAGACGGUACUUAUGCCCAAGACGAGGAUGGCAAGAUCUACAAGCCCAUAGCACCUCAGGAAUUUGUUGCUGAGGGUGGCUACCUCCAGGAUGUACCGCGACCAAGCACUAAAGGUAUGGAAGGUGGCAGCUGCGGCCAUCCUCAAGACCACUACCAGGACGAUUAUCAAGAUCACCACAACGUCACGAGGUUUGGGACGCCACCACAUACCAAACCAUCAUCGCCGCCUGAGCGCAGUUCGGCCUUCGACUUUGCCUCCCAGUCGACUCCAUCUCAUGAGCUCGAGAGGGAGGCUACGCACCAAAAGUCUAAAAUCACAAGCACAGCUCGCCGUUACCAGCUCAACGUGAGCGAUCUCUAA